AUGGCAACUCCAUUCCCAGUGCCAUCGGGCAUGACACCUCCGCUGACAGUGGAUACCGAAAUAAACCACAAUGGAUUUAUUACAGUCAUCGCUUCUUUUUCGCUAUUUUUGGUUCUAGGAUCUCUAGGGAUUCGGGUGCAUUCUGCAUAUAGUAGAAGAGCCCGUCAGUUGGAUGAUUUGACUUUUGCGGCCACUGUGAUCCAUUUUGGCUGGGGAAAGUCAAAAUCGCUGAUAGCUGAUGAAUACCUGAACUCGAUGGAGAAAGUAGCAUCAACGGCACUUUUUUACCGGACCAUUACUCUACGUAGCUCGCAAUGGAUGAGCUAUGUUCUUCUUACAGUUACUCUGCUCUGUGCCCCUGUUACUAUAGUUCUGCUGGCAGUACGCUGUGAUCAACAUCCAUGGCAUGAUAUCAGCCAACAAUGUUCCGUUUUGUUCCCUCGGUGGCAGGCUGUCACAGCAUUGGAUAUUAUUUUUGAAAUUAUAGUGCUACUAUAUCCUAUCCGAGCAAUCAUGCGACUACAGACGAAUCUAAACAACAAAGUUAUUGUAAUUCUUGUCCUGAGCUGUCGAUCUUUGUAUGUUCAAAAUCCUCUCAACCAGUUUCCUGGGUCGAUACUAAUAAUUGCUCGGCACACUUACAGCCUCAUCCCUAUCGGUGCAAUCCACCUCCAUUACAUGAGUCAACAAGUCAAUUCGCCAGAUCCAACACUCGAAGGAACAUUCGCUACCAUUGUUGUGGAGCUCCAUGUGGCACUCAGCGUUCUAGUACUGACAGCGCCAUUAAUGAAACCAUUUGUCGCAGCCUACGUCGACGAGAACGGACUGGCCUAUACCGACGACGCGUCAAAGUCGCGACCCAAUCAUAAACUCACACCAAACUCCGACCGAUCGAACGGAACAUAUCCGGGGUCGCGUUUUAGUGAUUCUCCGGCAAAAAUUCGGAUCAUGAAAAGUAUUGAAAUAUCAGUGGAUCGCGAGGAUGUGGAGCUUUUGGAGAGACGAUGA